GUCCGGUCCAGCAGGGGGCAGUAAAGGUGUUGCACUCCAUUGGACCAGAGGAAGGAGGAAGUAGCUGAGCCGAACCAGCCGGUCCGACCCACAACUUCAGAUAUUAAUGGUCCGAGUCGGACCGAGCGGUUCUGGACCAGGAUGGCCCAAGUUGGACCGGAAGCGGAGCUGCGGACUCUGAUGGAGUGCCGGUACCAGAACCCCACAGAGGCGCUGCAGGAUCUUCACACGGUUCGGGCUCGGUUCUCCGACCUGCGGCUCUACGUGGACUUUUACUGUUUUCCAAACAAUGAGAAGAGGAAGCUGGUCUACUUAUCCGGGACACUUCCUGUUCUCUUUGAAGGAAGUGAGUAUAAUCUCCCAGUAUGCAUCUGGCUCCACGAGACACACCCAGCUUUGUGCCCUUGCUGCUUCGUCUGCCCAUCGCCCACCAUGGUGAUCAACCGGUCCUGUCCCUUUGUGGACGCCACCGGGUCCGUCAGUCUGGAUGGACUCAGGAACUGGACCCAUGGAACGUCCAACCUGUCACUGCUGAUGUCAGAGAUGAGGCGGGCCUUCCAGAAGGACACGCCCCUUUAUGUCAGAUGUCCUAUGCUGGCUCCACCCUCAGCACAUGCUAAGAUUUUAGCUGGAAAAUCUCCUGCCCCUGCAGGUGCAGCUGAGAGCAGCCAGAACCACAUCUCCUCAUCUCAACUUCUCACCCUUUAUCCUGGCUCCACCUCCUCUCACCUGUCUGCUGUCACAGUCAGCAGGAUGAAGACGUCGUACACAGAAGAUCUGUUGGGGAUCGACUUCAGCGCUCCUCCUUCCUCCUCCCACAGCCCCAGCAACCCUUUUCUAAGCUCCUCCUCCUCCUCAGGUACCCCCCUCACUGAGCCCCUCAGCUCUAUGAUGGGAGCUCUGACACUGGAUGGGGGGUCCAGCAGAGACCUGCUUGUUGGUUCUCCUGCAUGGACUGGACAGUCAGAACCAGAACCAGCUAAACACGGUUCUGGUUCUCAGUCAGGAUCAGCACCUGGACCGGACCUUAAGAAGCUGGCGGUCCAGUUGUCCCCAGACCAGAUGGAGGUCUUCCUGGCUCUGAUGACCAUACAAGGGCGGAGCUUCAACCCUGAUGAUGUCAUAGAAGCAGUCCAGAACAACCAGGAUUUACCCUCAGCCCUCAGGUUCCUGACACACACCUGUCCCAUCUGUCAUGACCAGGUGUCCUUCAGCAAGAUGAUCACAAUGACUCACUGCUCCUGCUUCCUGUGUCAGAAGUGUUUCAUCUCCUUCUUCUCAGUCACCAUCAGAGAGAGCAGCGUCCAGCAGCUCACCUGUCCUCUGUGCCGCCGCCCAGAGCUCCCAGUUCAGGGCUGCCUGGAGGGGGCUGUGGACUACUUCAACCUGCUGGACACACAGAUCCGACACUUCCUGCCUGCUGAGCUCCAUGAACUCUUCCAGAGGAAACUCAGAGACCGAGCCCUGCAGGACAUGCCCAGCUUCUGCUGGUGUGCUCAUUGCUCCUUCGGGAUGCUCCAUGAGGCGGACCGGCUCAGGAUGGACUGUCCCAGCUGUAAGAAGAGUACCUGCUCCGGCUGCAGAUCAGCUUGGUCCCCUCAGCAUCAAGGACUGUCCUGUGAGCAGUUCAGCAUGUUGCAGCAGCAGCAGCUCAGCUGCCCUCGGCUCCAACACACCAUUGAGUGUCCACAGUGCCGAUGUGUCUUCAGCCUGUCUAAAGGAGGAUGUCUCCACUUCACCUGCUCACAGUGUCUCCAUCAGUUCUGCGGCGGCUGCAGUCAGCGCUUCGCUCUGGGAUCAGACUGCAGGUUUUCUGCUGAAUGCAGAAGCAAAGGUCUUCAUGCCCACCACCCCAGAGACUGCCUGUACCACCUGAGGGACUGGAGUGUGAGCCGACUGCACCUGCUGCUACAGUAUUACAGAGUGUCUCCAUCCUGCUUGGAACCAGCCAGUACCAGCUGGACGGACUCCGGUCAGACAGUGACCUGUUGUGUGUUGGAGCUCAGAGAGGAUGGUGGCAGGACGUGGGACAGACCGUGUGGACAACCAGCACCACCUGAGUACAGAGGAUACUGCCACAGGCGUCACUACAAGGAGCAGAUGGUGGAGCUGAUCAAGCAGUGUGGAGCUGAUCCUGCGGUCCUCUUCAGUCCUUCAGAGAUGGUCUCAGAGCUGCAGCGUUGGCAGGUCCCCGUGCCGACCCAGACCUCUGAGGAACCAGAGCUGCUGUACGCACACCGCCUGCGCCUGGUGCUGACCAAUAGUGUUCCUCUGAAGAAGCAGCCACACCCUCCAGCAGUAACCUCAGCUGAGGCCCCGCCCCCUCCCCAGCAGGUGAACAACUGACUGACUGUAGCCACCGACAUUUAGAUGGAGGCUUUUCACCUUUCCACGGUAACACGUCUACCUGCUGGAAGGUCAUGGAGGGGUGACAUCAUCAGUCCGCUUCAACUGGAUUGGCUCUGUGGUCACCAUGGAAACGGUGAACCUGAACCUAAAUGAGAUCAAAUAUAGCUGAACGUUAACGAGAUGAACUUUAACGAGAUAAAAAUCUGAGUGGUAACGAGAUAAACUUUAAAGGAAUAUUUCAAAUGUUUGACGAGACGUCAGAAUCUGCCCCGCAGCGGUCAAACCAACAACCAGGAAGUUAGUUCAAGUCAGUUCACAGAGGGAACCGUUCAGAGAGGGAACCGUUCACAGAGGGAACCGUUCACAGAGGGAACCGUUCAGAGAGGGAACCGUUCACAGAGGGAACCGUUCACAGAGGGAACCGUUCAGAGAGGGAACCGUUCAGAGAGGGAACCGUUCAGAGAGGGAACCGUUCACAGAGGGAACCGUUCACAGAGGGAACCGUUCACAGAGGGAACCGUUCAGAGAGGGAACCGUUCACAGAGGGAACCGUUCACAGAGGGAACCGUUCAGAGAGGGAACCGUUCAGAGAGGGAACCGUUCAGAGAGGGAACCGUUCACAGAGGGAACCGUUCACAGAGGGAACCGUUCACAGAGGCAACCGUUCAGAGAGGGAACCGUUCAGAGAGGGAACCGUUCAGAGAGGGAACCGUUCACAGAGGGAACCGUUCACAGAGGGAACCGUUCAGAGAGGGAACCGUUCAGAGAGGGAACCGUUCAGAGAGGGAACCGU